GGCAACCGACAGGUAAAUAGUUUUCUCACCAUUUCGAACCCCCAAAUAGAUUUCCUUUUGCUUUCUUUUUCUCUCAAUCGUCUGCACUAGAUGAUGGGUAGGAACGGCAAUAAUAAUCAUUCCAAGAACAACAAUAACAAGAAGAAGAAGAACAAGCGUGGUGGUACGAAGAAAAGGAUGACGGUGGAACAAUCUCUUGCUUACAGAUCCGUUAGUGAAUGGGUUUACUUGGACAAUAUAUCUUCUUCGGGGAAUUCGGCCAUCGCCAUUGAUGAUGAUUUUAAGGUGAAGUUGGUGCAUACCAAGGUUUCGGCUGAGAAAUUGGUGUUUGAAUUACAUUCUCAUUCGAUUUGCAGUGAUGGGUUCUUGUCUCCUUCCAAGCUUGUGGAAAGAGCCCAUCAGCAUGGGGUAAAAGUCCUUUCUCUGACGGAUCAUGAUACAAUGGCCGGCAUCCCUCAAGCCCUAGAGGCAGCUCGAAGAGUUGGCAUCAAGAUUAUCCCUGGUGUUGAAAUCAGUACCAUUUUCACCCCCAGAACGGAGUCUGGAUCAGAAGAACCGGUUCAUGUUCUAGCCUAUUAUAGCAGUUGUGGACCAGCAAAUUUUGAAAAGCUGGAUCAGUUUUUGGCUAAUAUAAGAGAAGGGCGUUACCUCCGAGCAAAGAACAUGAUCUCAAAAUUGAACAAACUCAAGUUGCCUCUUAGGUGGGAGAAUGUGGAAAAGAUUGCAGGUGAUGGUGUCGCUCCAGGAAGACUGCACGUUGCUCGUGCUAUGGUUGAAGCAGGCCAUGUAGAGAAUUUGAAACAAGCUUUUAGCCGUUACCUUUAUGAUGGAGGACCUGCUUAUUCUACCGGAAGUGAGCCUGACGCGGAGGAAGCGGUGCGAUUGAUAUGUGAAACUGGUGGUGUGGUGGUGCUGGCUCAUCCAUGGGCGUUGAAAAAUCCAGUUGCGGUUAUCAGAAGAUUAAAAGAAGCUGGCUUGCAUGGGUUGGAGGUUUAUAGAAGUGACGGAAAAUUAGCAGCAUUCAGUGAUCUAGCGGAUUCAUAUGAUCUUCUGAAGCUUGGAGGUUCAGACUAUCAUGCAAGAGGUGGCAACAGCGAGUCUGCUUUGGGAAGUGUGAGCCUGCCAGUGGUGGCUGUGCAUGAAUUCCUUAAGGUGGCUCGUCCAAUCUGGUGUGGUGCCAUCAAGAGCACAGUGGACCGGUAUCUCAGUGACCCAACUGACUCAAACCUAGAGCAUAUCUUGAGAUAUGGCAGGACCAAACUAGCCAAGAGUGGCAUUUCUGUUCCUUUCCCAACAAUUGCUCAGAGUCACAGCAUCGACCUCAUCGGUCAGUGUCUUUCCCAGUGGUUGACAAACGAAGAACAAAAGAAUACGGACUUCGAAGCCAUUAGAUUGAAGCUUCCAUACAAAGAGGGAAAUCUGGAAGCCCUAAAGAACAGUACAUAGUUUCACAUAGAUUCAACUGUCUUUAUGUGGGUGGCAACUUUUCGUAUUUGAGCUUUUCUGGAUUCAUUAUCUUAGCAUUUUUGCUCUAGAAGUUUAGCUUUCAAAAUUCAAUGUAUUUUAAUAUUAGAUGUCUUUCAAGAUUGAAGAAACAGAACGGCUAAUGAAAAAUGAGCAAG